UAGGGUGAAGAAAAAUGUCGAAAGCUUGGGGAGGAAUCGGUGCGUGGGCCGCUGAGGCCGAGCUUGCCGAAGAUGCCGAAGAAGCCGAAGAGCGAGAGAAUGCUGCUGCCGACGCCAAUUCUCAAGUCACCGGCGGUGGUGAGUCUUUGAGUUUUCCGAGUCUCAAAGAAGCUGCUGUAGCUGCCAAGCCCAAGAAGAAGAUGACGCUAUCUGAGUUCACCACCGGUACUUACGUUGGCCCAGGUGGAGCCAGAAGCGACUACUCCACGGUGUCUAAGGGUUUAACAACCGACGAGAUGCUCCGAUUGCCAACUGGCCCCAAGGAGAGGAUUCCCGAGGAAUUGGAGUACGGUCGCCUCGGUGGUGGGUUCCGCUCCUAUGGCCGAACAGGGCCUCUUCCUGGGCGCAUGAGUGUGAGAGGCGACAGCAGCGAUGGUUCAUGGGCUGGAGGUCGGAAAUCCUACGGGGGUUUCGAUGAUGAACGAAGAGCUCCCCCACCUUGGGCUCAGGAUUACGAUAAGCCUUCUAGGGCCGACGAAGUUGACAACUGGGCAAUGGCUAAGAAACCGCUUACUAUCUCUCCCAUGGAUUCUGGUCCUGGACGACAUGAUAGAUACAGUUCGCUUGGUAGUGGUGGUGGGGGUUCUUCUAGGGCUGACGAGGUCGAUAAUUGGGCUAUGGGGAAUAAGGCACAAGCAUCACCUCCUGCUAGAUCUAUGGGUUUCAGCUCGGGUUUCAGAGGAGGUCCGCGUGAUGGGGAUCGUGAGCGCCCACGGCUUGUUUUGGAUCCACCCAGGGGUGAUGGAGUUGUUAAUGAGUCUCCCAGAACAACCAGACCUAGCCCAUUUGGUGCAGCACGUCCCAGGGAGGAGGUUUUGGCUGAAAAGGGUCUGGACUGGAAGAAGUUGGAAUUAGAUAUUGAGUCUCGCAAAACAAGCCGGCCUUCAAAUGCCCAAUCGAAUCAUGCUGAAAGUCCUGCUCCACAGGUUCUGGAAGCAGCACCAAAACAACGACCAAAGGUGAAUCCAUUUGGGGAUGCCAAGCCUCCAGAAAUCUUACUGGAAGAGCAAGGCAAGGAUUGGCGCAAGAUUGAUUUAGAACUGGAGCAUCGUGGUGUUGACAGGUCGGAGAGAGAGGAGGAGAAGCUUAAAGAAUUGAGGUGGAGGAAUUUGUUCUUAUAA